AUGUCGGGUAAACGGAAAAAAGACUACAAGAAAGUGCUGAAGGCGAUCAAGAAUUUGAUCUCAGGGAAUCCAGUGCUCGAAAAGAUCGUCAUUGACUUCGAAGCGUCAAUGUGGAGGGCCAUUCCGCGUGUCUUCCCUGAUGUCCAGAUUACUGGAUGCGCAUUUCAUUGGUGUCAGUGCAUCUGGAGGAAAAUUCAAGAAAUUGGGCUGGCGACUGCUUUCAGGAAUGACAACGGGACGCAUAAACUGUGCAAAAAGUUCAUGGCAUUGCCAUACCUGCCAGCCGAACGCAUCCGGCCAAUGUUUGCAUCAUUGGCACGUAAAGCUACGACACCACUGCUUGCUGCUCUGUCGGAUUAUAUUCGAGAAACGUGGAUUGACGGGUCGCUGUGGACACCAGAGACGUGA